AUGAUAUGGCUGAGCAAGCCGCACGGGUUCUACCAGUGGUACAGCAAGGCAGGGCCGUCAAGGGACGUCCUGGCCCUGGUGGACCCAGAUUUUGUCUUCCUGCGCCCUCUCACCGCGAAGCUGGACACGGCCGCGGCGCCCCCCGACUGGGCGGGGCCCGUGCCAACUCGAGUGCAGAAGGGCUUUGUUGUGGGCCAGCGGUACGAAAAUUUGAGGCCACAGUUGGAUAGUACCCUGUAUCACUUUAAUUUCGAGGGGCACAAUAUGAGUGAGGACGAGUUCCUGAGUUGGGUUUGUAGCGGUGACAAGGACGGGGAGACAGGCUGCAGAGGCCUGACACUCUACGAGUUUGGCACUUUUCAUGGCUCUGGGGUGCCCUACAUAGCGCACCGGGAUGACUGGGACUGGCUUGCGCCAGAUUGGAACAGCAUCAACGCACGGUUGCACAAGUAUGCGCCCAAGGGUUAUUACAUUGAUAUGUGGAGUUGGAGUUUGGUCACUGCUCACAGAGGUCGUCGGCAGUUCAUUCAGGAAAAUCUGAUGCUAUCGUCCGCUGUGGCUUCUUUCGAAGACUGGCAGGCCGUUGAAGCCCUGCGCGUGGACGCGUGCUACACGGACGUCGAGGAGAUCCUUUCGUUCCUCAUACCAGGUCGCUCGCCGCAGCAGGCGCCACCUGGUCAUCAAGCCCCCAAUUUUCUCCACUAUUGUCUCCCCAUCUACGUGCCUUACCCGAGCUUCAAAGACCAGGACGGCGGACGUCUGUGGAGCAAGUACUGGUUCGACUGGGGCGUGGAGAGAGGCAGGCCGCAUGCGCUGGAGCGGUGCAAUGACACUGCGAACGCACCCAUGGUUGGUCCAUACCCAGCGCUGAAAUGGUUCAAGACGUCACCUCCAAGGCGGGCGCAGCCAAACCAGUCGAUGCCGAUCACCGAGCUGCGGAACCGGUUCCUGGGGUGCGUUGCAAAGGGUAUAUUUAGGAAAGCGGUCCAGGCUUUGUGCCCUGGGCAACCAAUGGCUGGAGACGUCAUGGAGUCGACGGACCCCCUGGACGAGUGA